AUGCGUAAGAACCUUGAGGCUAAUGCCUUACUGAUUGUAGAAGUCCUUGUGCCUCAGGGAUUGUCAAAUAGGAGGACUGGGGCAACAAGUAUAAAUGCUGAGAGUUCCAGAUCCCAUAGUGUAUUCACUUGUGUUGUGGAAUCACGAGGCAAGGACAGGGAUGAUUUUUGCUAUACGGUUCCUGGAGAUUUUAAAUGCACGCUAGCUGAUCUUUCCUUCUUGCUGUCUAUCUUUUGUCUCUAUCGCUCUCCAAGCAUGGCAGAUGGAUUAAGCUGCUUUAAAUCAAGUAGAAUAAAUCUUGUUGAUCUUGCUGGUUCAGAAAGACAGAAGCUGACAGGUGCAGCGGGAGAACGCUUGAAGGAAGCAGGGAAUAUUAAUCGGUCACUUUCACAGCUCGGGUAUGGUUAUGCUUUAUAUUGUUAUAGUGGCCAUUAA